AUGUAUGCUGCAAUAAUCUGCUCACCGCCAAUUGGGCAACCUACUGUCAUUUCUAGAGAUCAGGAUACUGUCCAAUUCUCUGUCUUCCUAGAAACAUCUGCUGCAUCAUUAGUCAACGAACAAAAUGUCAGAGUCUCGAUCUGGCAUAACCACAAAGGACAGCAUGAUUGGUCGGAACUUGCUCUCCAGGCGUCCAAUGACCACGAUGACGUUAUUGGCGAUGAUGCUGGAUGGAAGUGGAUUAAAGAUCAAAGCGGACUGGAUGAUGGGCAGCUCCACUAUCAACAAUCACAUGAGCAGCUAGGCUUCCCUGAAUACUUCCAUGGAACAAGCUCCGAACUCAACAUUCGCAAGACGAGCGCUGAUACUCCUGACACCAAACUGUAUUCCAUCACCGCGCCUAUCAAGGCCGCUGAAGGCAAUGACUCUGGCUACAGCAGACAUGUCCUGGGCACCCCGAAAGACUUUACCCGAUGGUUCUCAUUGGUUAGACUGUGGAGCCCUUGGCUUGCACCACGUCAGGGGAAAGACAAGUUCCAUGUGGACAAAGAUGCUGUACUCGCAUCUUUCUUGCGACAUGAUGGAGCACAUGUCGUCUGUCUAGCCAUCAGCGGCGUUGAAGACGUACUCACUAUCUUCCAACACGAUGACAACGGCAAUGUUAUCAUACAAGGUCGCAAUGAUCGCGAAAAAGAAGGCACCAGCCAUGUGCUCGUGUCGAUCGCAGACUCUUUUGAAAUAGCAAAUGCUGCAGUCAUGUACCAUGCAAGAAAAGUAGUAGGAGGCUACGAAAAUGUGUCAGGGUCAGUCGAGACCGAGAUCAAGACUUUCGUGGAUAAGAACGUCAAAGCCGAUUGGCUCGAGGAGUGGUACGAUGGAUUCACUUACUGCACUUGGAACGGUCUGGGUCAAAAGCUCACCGUUGACAAGAUCAAUCAGGCUCUGGAAUCUCUCAAGAAAGAGGACAUUAUAAUCGAAAACUUGAUCAUCGACGACAACUGGCAAUCACUAUCAGAGGGUGAAUCACAGAUGGAUCGAGCCUGGACCGACUUCGAUGCCAAUAAGGAGGGCUUCCCUCAGGGACUCAAGCACGCCGUGACGGAUAUCCGCAAGAAGCAUCCAAACAUCAACCACAUCGCCGUGUGGCAUGCAAUCCUAGGCUACUGGGGCGGAGUGGCCAAGGAUGGCAAUAUUGCAAAGAACUACAAGACGACCAAGGUUCAGAAAGAGCCCGGAGUUGCAGAAGGUGAGAUGCUAGUUGUUGAUGCUUCUGAUGCUCAACGCAUGUACAACGACUUCUACGCAUUCCUGGACGAUUGCGGUAUCACCGGAGUGAAGACCGACGCUCAAUUCUUCUUGGAUAUGAUUGUCGAUGCACCUGAUCGCCGCAAGUUGAUCACUGAGUACCAGGAUGCUUGGACCAUCGCUCAUCUCCGCCACUUUGGCUCUCGCGCCAUCUCUUGCAUGUCACAGUCACCACAGUUGCUUUUCCACUCGCAGCUACCGACUAACAAGCCCCGACUUCUUGUUCGCAACUCUGAUGACUUCUUCCCCGAAGUACCUGCUUCUCACCCUUGGCAUGUAUUCUGCAAUGCUCACAACUCUCUGCUCACUCAGCAUCUGAACGUGCUGCCUGACUGGGAUAUGUUCCAAACAUCACAUGAGUGGGCUUCCUUCCAUGGUGCGGCUCGCUGUGUGUCUGGAGGACCGAUUUACUUCACGGAUUAUCCUGGAAAGCACGACAUCAAGCUGAUCAAUCAGAUGACAGCUAGAACGACCCGAGGCAAGACCGUCAUUCUGCGCCCCUACAACAUCGGCAAGAGUGUAAAUGCCUAUGCCGGCUACGAAGACCACUCCCUUUUGAAAGUGCACACCUAUCAUGGCUACGCCCGCACUGGAACGGCGUACCUGGGUGUUUUCAAUUGUACCCAGCGCCCCUUGUCUGAACUCGUCCCUCUAUCCACCUUUGCGGGUGCCGAAGAAGGCAAUUAUGUCAUUCGUGCUUUCACUACUGGCGCCAUCAGCAAGCCAAUGUCGUGUGGCGAGAAGAAAGCGCUGACCGGUGUCGAGAUCGAUGUCGGAGGUUGGGAGAUUUUAUCUGCCCAUCCUGUCCAUGAAUACAAGACUAGCAAGAACGGCCCGAUCAUGAUAUCUUGCUUCGGUCUGAUUGGCAAGAUGACAGGUGCAGCGGCCAUAAUCAGCAGUGAUGUCUUUGUCGACAAGACAGGGAAGUUGAGAUACUCCGUCCUUAUCAAAGCUUUGGGAGUGCUUGGUUUCUGGAUCGGCGACCUGGGCAAAAAGUGGAACGUUGAGAAAGACAUGCUGGUUCUGAUCUUUGGCAAGCAGAUUCCCAAGGAAUGCGUGAGUGUCAAUGGAGACGUGCUGGAGAUUGACGUGGACAGAGCUUGGAAGGAGACUGGAAAGAAGGCUGGGUGGAAUAACGAGAUUGAGGUCGAGUUGUUUGUGUCCUAG